AUGGACAGCGCGCCUCCGCCCAGCGCAUGGGCGCCCGCCAGACUUGGGCUCGCAGAUGGUCCACGCAUUGGCAAUCAAGCCAGACUCGGCUCAGCACGCAUCCAUAACCGCGAACGAACCCACCAGCGCGCGACGAGUGACGCAUGGACGGCGAUGAAGAGCGUCGAGAGGGCCGGAGUUAUAGACGUACUGUGGCUGGAGCGUAUGCAGGCAGAACUUCAUAGAAGGAUCGAGGUCGUGUGGUGCACGGAGAGUGUGAAAGCUGCGAAACGAGGAAGAGGACGGCGAGGACGGCGCUUUGGCCAUUUGAGCGGUCGCACAGAGAUCGACGUGAUUUACACAUAA